GAAGUCAGAUAGCGAGCGAGAAAACCUUCGUGCUCUUUCUUCGCCGCCAAGUUAUAUCGACGGUGUUUUCGUAUCGACGUCUUCUCCUCUCUCUCUCUCUCGCCGUCAUCACCUCUUUGAAUGAACGGCGGACGCGGGAAAAGGCCUAACUCAAGUCGUGAGAGUAUACUCUGAUUUUUGAUGGUUUAGGCAGAGGAGGAAGGAACCAUGGCUGAACCCUCUGUAAAGAAGAGCAAGUUGACGGAAUCCGAUUGGAUAAGUGGUUUAGCAGAUGAUUUGCUACUUCAGAUCCUCUCGAAAGUCCCUACGAGGGAAUCCGUUUUCACAAGCCGUAUGUCAAAGCGAUGGAGAAAUCUCUGGAGACACGUUCCUGCCUUGGACUUGGACUCCAGUAAAUUCCCUCAUGAGUCGGACUUGGAAGAUUUCUUUGAUAGCUUUCUGCAGUUUGAUGGUAAUCUUAAGAUAGAGAGAUUCAAGUGGAUUUACAACGUUGAAGAGCAUUGUGACCCUGAAUUUGUGUCUCGGAUCGAUCAUGUGGUGAAACGUGGACUUAAAGAUCUAACUAUUCUCAGCAAGGUUAAUAUUGAGGAUGACUCAGUUCGGAUGCCUGUCUCGCUCUACUCAUGUGCGACUCUGGUGAAUUUAACUCUCUAUAGUGUAGUCUUCGAUGCUCCUCGAGCACAAUUGGUUUCUUUACCUUGCCUCAAGACUAUGCAUCUCGAGGCGGUCAAGUUUGACGGAGAGACCAUUCUUGGGACUCUCAUAUCAAGCUGCUCUUUUCUCGACGAAUUAACCAUAAUCACGCAUGAUCAUGAUGAACUCGGAGAUGUAUCUGUGCGCUCUCCGUCACUAAGGCGCUUCAAACUUGAGUCUAUGCGUGAGGAUUAUGACGAAUGUGAAGAUCCUAAUGUUGAAGUUGAUACCCCCGGACUGGAAUACAUGAGCAUCACUGAUUACCAAUCUGAGAGCUUCAUAAUACAUAAUAUAUCUCCUUGUGCAAAGGUGAACAUCGAUGUUGUCUUUGAUGCGGAGGAUGAAGAUUCUGUUAUCCAUGAUUUUAUCACCGCCAUAUCCACUGUCCGUGAAUUGACAAUCUCUGCUCGAACUCUAGAGAUGAUCCAUGAUUACGUUGAAUCGGAAACGGAACUAGUACCUCAGUUCUCGAACCUGUUUUGCUUGCAUGCUUCGUUCUCUGAAUCUUCUUGGGAAAUGUUUCCGACAUUUCUUGGUUGUUGCCCGAAUCUACAUUCCCUCUUCUUGGAAUUUGACUGCUUGCCAGAGAAGGAGGAGAUUAAUCUGUCAUUGGUUCCUCAUUGCUUCGAAUCAUCUCUCGAGUAUGUUCAAUUGAAGGUACCAAUCACAGUGAGUGAGACAUCAAGCAAGAUGGAACUAGCUAUAUACUUUGUAAGGAACUGUUCUGUUUUGAAGAAACUGAUGUUAAAUGAAAGUUUCGGAAACGUCAUCAACAAAGUCAGAAAGAUUCCUAAACGGUCUGAAGGGUGUAAAAUUGCCAUGCCAAAGCCAUUGCACGAGAAUGUUUCUCAUGGAUCCAGUUUACUACCUUUGAUCUGCGGGUUCAUUCCCAAAAUACUUGAUCAGUAAUCAAGUGGAAGAUAUCUUAGAUUUUUUGUGGACAUGGAUCAUGGGUCUGACCAAACAUUUGUUUUUUUUGUAAGUUGAAUCUAUAAUUUGAUCGACUUUUGUUAUAUCUCAUCGAG